AUGACUGCUCAGACCAAUGGCACAAAUGGCUACCGAGCGCCCCACCAUAACGUAGGGACUUUUCUGUUCACCUCCGAGUCUGUAGGAGAAGGCCACCCAGACAAGAUUGCUGAUCAGAUCUCGGAUGCCGUUCUCGACGCUUGUUUGAAGGACGACCCUCUCUCCAAGGUUGCUUGCGAGACCGCCACGAAGACUGGUAUGGUUAUGGUCUUUGGCGAGAUUACAACCAAAACUCGUCUGGAUUACCAAAAGAUUAUUCGAGACGCCAUCAAGGACAUUGGCUAUGAUGACUCCGCAAAGGGUUUCGACUACAAGACGUGCAAUGUGCUCGUCGCCAUCGAGGAGCAAUCCCCCGAUAUCGCUCAAGGUCUUCACUAUGAGAAAGCCCUCGAGCAACUAGGUGCUGGUGAUCAAGGUAUCAUGUUCGGAUAUGCCACCGACGAGACCCCUGAGCUGUUCCCCCUCACUCUUCAGUUGGCACACAAGCUUAACGCUGCUAUGUCUGCGGCCCGCCGAGAUGGAAGCUUGCCAUGGCUGCGACCUGAUACCAAGACCCAAGUUACUGUUGAGUACAAACAUGAUCACGGAGCUGUUGUCCCAAUCAGAGUGCACACCGUUGUUGUCAGUGCUCAGCACAGCGAAGAUAUCACUACCGAGAAAUUGCGAAAGGAGAUCAAGGAGAAGAUCAUCAAGAAGGUUAUUCCUGCCAAGUAUUUGGAUGAGGAGACUAUCUAUCACAUCCAACCCUCCGGACAAUUUAUCAUUGGUGGACCUCAAGGAGAUGCUGGAUUGACCGGCCGAAAGAUCAUUGUCGAUACAUAUGGUGGAUGGGGAGCACACGGCGGUGGUGCUUUCUCAGGGAAGGACUUCUCGAAGGUCGAUCGAUCAGCUGCAUACCUCGCCCGCUGGAUUGCCAAGUCACUGGUCAAUGCCAAGCUUUGCCGACGUGCGUUGGUCCAGCUUUCAUACGCCAUUGGUGUUGCUGAGCCACUUUCCAUUUACGUUGAUUCUUACGGUACCUCCGACAGGACCUCUGAUGAACUCGAAGAAAUCAUCAACAACAACUUCGAUCUGCGACCGGGUGUCAUUGUGAAGGAGCUCGACUUGGCCAAGCCCAUCUACUUCCAAACUGCAAAGAACGGACACUUCACCAACCAAAGCUUCACCUGGGAGAAGCCCAAGGCUCUCAAAUUCUAA